AUGGAAAGCCUGGCUUUUGAAGUCCUCAAUGGUCCUGAAAACAACAAUACUGGUUUUAAUUUAACAGAAGUUCUGACUGAAGGAGAUAUGGUGUUCGCAGUUAUGGUUGGUUUGAGUUGUGUUAUAAUGCUUGUCGGGAUUCCUGGAAAUCUUCUAGUCAUUGCUUCAGUCAUCAUGAAGAAAGAGCUAAGAAGCGCUCCCAAUUUCCUCGUCUUAAGUCUGAGUGUUUGCUACUUCUUGUUUCUCAGUAUACCCGUUCCUGUUCACAUCUAUACAUACUUCACCGGACAUCCGCCAGCCUCAGAUGCCUGCUGGGCCAUUGGCUUCAUCACAAACUGGCUUCUGGGGUCGUCGGUGCUGAGUACAGGUGCUAUUGCCAUCAACAGGUAUAUUGCUGUUGUUCUGAAGAGCAAAUACCACCAAAUAAGCGGAAAUGGGGCUGUGGCAAUAACGUAUACCUGUGAUUUCCUCUUGCCCUUCCGGUUAAUAUCGCCGUCAUUUUUUGACAAAACUAUAGGGAAUUUCGGGUUCGAAUCUUUGGACAGAAGUUGCGGAUUUAUGGGAAAUGGUAUUCUAAGGAUUGUUUUAAUAGCUGUUGUGUCCACAUUCCCUGUAAUUUUCAUGACGCUUUGUUACAUUCGGAUUUUUCUCUACGUAACUGCUAGCAGAAGGAGAGUUGAUGCCCUUGGACGUGCAACCGCCUUGGGAACGGCACGGAGCACAGAGACCAGACUCACUAUCAUGUUAGCCAUGGUGUACAUCGUGUAUCUUGUCACAACUUUACCGGCGCUUUUUGUAAAUGCCAUUGCACAGACCGGAGUGUUUGUGCCGGAGUGGCUGAACAAAACAUGCUUUACCUUUGUCUGGAUGUCGUCCGCAGCUAACCCUGUUGUCCACGGACUCGUUAACAGGAAAUACAGAGACGCCUACAAGAGCGUGGUAACCAAAAUCUGCAACUUCACCAUAAGACGAAGGGAAACUGAAAGCUUGGAUACAAACACACGGUGA